GCACACACUAGUCCAUUGCAAUGCAGAUUGAGCUGCAUUCAGCACAACACUGAGCUGUUAUCUGUGUGAAGGCACUGAGACGAGGAGCUGCACUACCGGCUCUACACCGCCUUAACAUUCACUUAGUGUCGGAAAUCAUCGCUUGGCUUUUCAGGACUGUUUUACUGAAUCUACCAGCGUCGGUUGGCAGUUCUUCUGUUGUCUGUCUCAAUGGAGUGCGGACGGGACUCUCCUGGGAGCUGGAGGAGGAAAUAAAACACUCCGAUUUUACCCCCUGUGCCACAAGUCUGAGUGGACACAUCAUCAUACCUUAAUUACAACCAUGAGAACCUCUAUCUGUUUGCAAGGACAGGAGUUUGAGUACAGCGUGAAAAACCUAAAUGCAUGGAGAAAAGACAAAACUUACGCAGAUCAACUGUGCAGUCUCAUUAUGGAUAUAUUUAGCAACUUGGCAACCUUGUGGAUUGUAUGCUUAUGUUUUUUGGGAGACGGUCAGGCUGACAAGCCAAGUCAAGUUGCCACAGAGCCCCAGCCAGUCGACAAUGAGCUUUGCCGCAUCGAUGAACCUCUGUGCAAAGAUGAAAAUGCCAUCCUCAGUUUCGAGGCCAUCCGCAACAUUCACAAGCAGAUGGACGACGAUGCCAAUGGAAAUGUGGAUGUUGCAGAGACUGAUGGGUUCUUGAGGGAGGACCUGAACUACCAUGAUCCUAAAGCCAAGCAUAACAGUUUUCAUGGUGAUGACCAGUUCAUCAGUGUGGAGGAUCUGUGGAAUGCAUGGAAGAGCUCAAAAGUAUAUAACUGGACAGUGGACGAGGUAGUAGAAUGGCUAGAAGCCUAUGUGGAGCUGCCGCAGUAUUUGGAAGCUUUUCGGAAAAUGUCAUUCAACGGAACAGCCAUGCCCCGGCUUGCUGUAAAAAACUCCACUCUCACAGUGACGGUGCUAAAGAUUUUGGACCGCAGUCACUCUCAGAAGCUUCAGCUGAAAGCGCUGGAUACAGUUCUGUUUGGAGCACCAAUGAUGAACAGCCACAAUCAUUUAAAGGACUUUAUGCUGGUCGUAUCAAUAGUAAUUGGUAUGGGGGGCUGCUGGUUUGCAUACAUCCAGAAUCGCUACUCCAAAGACCACAUGAAGAAGAUGAUGAAAGACCUAGAGGGUCUGCAAAGAGCUGAGCAAAGCCUACAUGACCUGCAGCAAAAGUUGCGAAUUGCGCAGGAAGAGCACCGCACUGUAGAAGUGGAAAAGGUGAAUCUGGAGCAGAAACUUCGUGACGAGAUCAAUUCUGCCAAGCAGGAGGCUCAGCGGCUCAGGGAGCUGCGGGAGGGUACAGAGAAUGAGCUCAGUCGUCAGAAAUAUGCAGAGGAGGAGCUGGAGCAGGUACGCAUGGCUCUAAAGAAGGCUGAGAAAGAGCUUGAGUCGCGCUCCAGCUGGUCUCCUCCAGAAGCACUGCAGAAAUGGCUGCAGCUCACACAUGAGGUGGAGGUGCAGUACUAUAACAUUAAGAAACAGAACGCUGAGAAACAACUGCUAGUUGCCAAAGAGGGGGCAGAAAAAAUAAAAAAGAAGAGGAAUACACUCUUUGGGACUUUUCAUGUGGCGCACAGUUCCUCACUAGAUGAUGUAGAUCACAAAAUCCUUGCUGCCAAGCAGGCACUGGCAGAGGUAACAGCUGCCCUUCGAGAGAGACUCCAUCGAUGGCAGCAGAUUGAGAUUCUGACAGGCUUCACGCUUGUGAAUAACCCAGGUCUGCCCACGCUAGCCUCAGUGCUCAAUCUGGACCCGAGCUUCAUGGGCGGACGUGCCACUCCCCAACACUUCGUUAUGUCUGAAGACAUGGACGACAUGGACGAGGACAUAGUUGCACCCAGUAUUCUUCAAUCUCCCAGUAUGAUGUCGCUACGCCAAAGGCACAUUGACCCACAGCUGGCCAUUGGGUCACAGAGGGACCUGAAUCGCUCUGAUUCGGACUCCUCCCUGUCCGUAUCGCAGACCAGCGACCAGCUGCGUCUGUCAUACAGCUUCAGGACACCCCCCAUGAAGCCCACCUCUCUCCUUCAUGGCCCCCACUCACACUCAGAAGAGUCAGCUACCUCCCCUACUUCCAACGGGGGUAACAGAGUCUCUGAUGCAGGGGCCUCUCAUGAUGGUGGCGACAGCCCGAUCCUGAUGAAAAAGAUAUACGGCAUUGAGAAAUCAGCCAGUAUGAGCGAGAUCCACGGCUCCAUGUCGGAUUCCUCACGCUCUUUUAGCCCGAACUCCACCGAGCCCGACACACCUUCACCCACGACGCAUAACUGGGUAGUGGGCAUGAAGGGAGGAAACCGUCUUUCCCAGAUUUCCUCAAAGAAAAGUCCAAUAGAGGAGGACAGCGCCUCGACGGGAGAAGACACCGACUCGGCCGGCCGCAAGAAACAUACUCCCUUCAAGAUUUUUAAAAAGCAGAAGAAGUAAUGAAGGUUAAGGGCUACAAAGAUGGUUUGUUCAUAGUGGUGAUGCUUUGUAAUUAAUGUAUUGUUAAAACAUUUUGUUUGGAGUUUUUUGUAGGUACUUCUUGAAAGAACUUCCUGGGAGGUGUCUGAGAUUUUUUUUCAUUUGUUGUAUUAUCAGAAGUGUCAGGAUUUUUUUCCCUGUAAAGAUUAAAUGCCGGGCUGUCAGUAGGAAUGAUAACCCUCAUUUUUUACAGCUGGCAGUGCUGCCCCUUUCUGUCUGGACUGCACUCUAGUUUACACAUUAUCAGUUUGCAUGUUUUACCUUCAUCUGAAAUUUAAAUGCACUUAAAUGUUUGCUUGGUUCUUGUUUCCUUUAAACACAAACUGAGAGGUGUUACGUUUCUGCCAGCCCACUUUUUUUUUUUUUAAAUGGAUAUUUUAUGUUAGCAAAGGCAGGAGAAGUGGAAAUUGGCUGAAUCAUUCUUAAAGAUCCUUCUGUAAAUGCACUACUGUUGCACUACUACCGAAUGCUGUUUGAUUGGUUUUAUGGAAAAUAGAGAGUACAUGUUGGAACCAGCACAAUGGCACAAAUUGCAGUUACCUCUAGUAAGUCAGACAUUUCUGAAAUGAAAGGGUAAUAACAACUGUAUUAAACAUUUUUGCUUGUUAUUCUUUAUGAACUUUUUUGUAUUUUGUCUACAAAAAGAACAACAGAAGGAAUAAGGAAUAUCUGUAAUGUCUUUAAAUCUACAUGGCUAGCUUGCAAGAACCAUGUUCAUAUUAUAUAGUGGUUAGCACUAAAUAGGGUUUACUGACUGGUGCAUUUUCCACAGGAAAGUACUAGUCCUGUGUCUGUGCGCUGUCAUCUUGAGGUAUGUACUUCCACAAAUGUAAAUGAGUUUGUGAUCCGAGUAACAAAUGCUUCACGAUUUACAAUGCUGGAAAUGCUGAUGGAAUUAGAAGUUGGGAAAAAGCUGAUUCAUGAUGCUUUGUGUGUCCCACAUUACAAUUUACGGGGAAAGAGUAAUGCAGAGGUUACAAUCAAGCCUAAAUAAUGUAUUUUUACCAAACUGUUUCUGCUUAAUUUUAGUCAUGCUAGUUGUAAAACAUUUAAACAUAUUCAACAUUUUUCAUUGUAUUUAUGCGUUUUUCACUUUUUCUUCCAAUCUAGUUGGAAUUUACCCGGUUAUAUCUCUCCUCUACUGCUGCAGACCUCUAGCCUGACACAGGGAUUAGUAUUGCAUACGGAGUCACACACUGCUCUCCAUUAUUCCCUGUCUCUUUGCAGACACCAUUGACCAGCCAGCUGGUGGUCUAGGGUGUUUUACUGCUGCACCAGCCGAGCUCCAAUAAGAUGAAAAUACUAUUGCUUUUAACAGUAAAGAAGACAGGAACUUCAUUUCUUUCAUCUAGAAAGCUAGGAUAGUUAAGCUCUUUUGGACCCCAGGGAGUGUCAUAUCCUUGGUACUUUUUUUAACAAGAUAAUGGAUUUCUAUACCAUUCGACCUUCAAAGCUAAUUGAAAAUACCCAACCACAAUACCCAACUGCAAGGUUUAGGGCUUACAUUCUAUUUAAAAAAGUAAAUCAGUAAACAAACAGUUUUACAUGAACAUUGGGUCAGUUUUGUAAAGUGAAAGGUUAUUAUUUGCUUGUAAAAACAAACGGACAAUAUUUCUGACAGCACAGGGGAGUCUGCCUUGUUUUCUUUUGUGAACAGUAAAGACUGUGGUGAUGUAAAGGGCUUUUAGGUGCAUGCAUAUAACAUGCAAGCAAAAGAAAUGUAAGCAAGAAACUCAGGCUCAGUGUUUUACAGACACUUUUUAGUCCUGUCUCUUGCUUUGAUCACCUUAUUGUUACCAAUUCUGUUUUAUUUCAUCCUCCAGAUACUUUAUCUUAUUUGCAAUGUUAUUUUUUUUUUACAAGUGCAUGUAAAUUAAGCCUAACUUACUUGUACCUAUAACAAUAAUAAAUAGUGGAUACCACAUAGUAGGAUGGGUCUUAGGGACCUGGGUUCAAUACUAACCUCUGUUUACUUCCUGUAUGAGCUUCACUUGUUCCCGUGUGUGCACAAGGAUUUAACUCCAAGUACCCUGGGUUCCUCCUAAAUUGACGCACUGUCUGUGGUCCAUUUCUGCCUUUCACGCAAAGUUUCUGAGUGGUGCUUGAUCUGGUGCAACCCUAACCUGGACAAGUCGUUUAGUGAAUCAAUCAAUCAUGUGAACUGCUAAGAUUCCGUUAUUAGAAAGGUUAGCAUUGUCAGUAGGGAUGGUCAAUACGCUACUGGUACUCAGUAGAGAUGAAGUUAAAAAUGCUUGAGUAUUUUAUUUACUGUUGCUCUUAAAUCAUGUCUCCUAUCUUUAGUACCUACAGGAUUCUGCAGACUCAUCACCGAUAUCUGAUAAAAACAUUUUCCUUGUUAACAAUGGCAACGAUGUGUACAUUCUACAUUGAUUUAGAAAAGUUUGGCACUAUGCAUUUUUUAUGUUUUUAAAUGUAUAUGUUUAUUUGGUGCCCCAGUCCUGGCCCAACCAAAGCAGCACGGCACGAGACACCGGCUUUAACCUUUGAGUUUUCUUUGGGUUUUUUGUGAAAGAUGGUACGGAUGUAAAACCUUUAACACAAAUGUAUAUUCGUCUAAAACAGGUUUGCGCUCUUGAUCAAAUGUGUUUGAAGCCAUUUGUACCUGUUUGCACGGAAUUUGCUAUUGCUGUCAGUGAGUGUGUGUCUCGUUUCAGUGAACGGCAUUUGAUGCAUGUUACCUGCUGCAAUAUGAUUCACAGAUUUGGGGAGGGGAGACGCAGGAGCAUUUUAGACUCCCAGCUGUCUCCCUUCGAGCUUUUAUUUAUGAUUACGAACAGCAAUGGGAAAAGUUAUGUUGCAUCAUCUGUAAUGUUGAGGACUAGUUUAAGUCUUCAGAAUUUUAUGGCAUUGCAUGUAAGCAAUAAACGGUUUUAACAAAAAUCAUAAGAAA